AUGCCGUCCACAUCUUCAACUGAAACGCCGUCCACAUCUUCAACUGAAAUGUCGUCAUCAUCAACGACAAUGCCAUCAUCAUCAACGACAAUGCCAUCAUCGUCAACGACAAUGCCUACAUCUACUACUUCAAUGCCAUCAUCGUCAACGACAAUUCCUACAUCAACUACUUCAAUGCCAUCAUCGUCAACGACAAUGCCUACAUCUACUACUUCAAUGCCAACAUCGUCAACGACAAUGCCAUCAUCGUCAACGACAAUGCCUACAUCUACUACUUCAAUGUCAUCAUCGUCAACGACAAUGCCUACAUCUACUACUUCAAUGCCAUCAUCGUCAACGACAAUGUCAUCAUCGUCAACGACAAUGCCUACAUCUACUACUUCAAUGCCAUCAUCGUCAACGACAAUGCCGACAUCUACUACUUCAAUGCCUACAUCUACUACUUCAAUGCCUACAUCUACUACUUCAAUGCCAUCAUCGUCAACGACAAUGCCGACAUCUACUACUUCAAUGCCAUCAUCAUCAACGACAAUGCCAUCAUCUACUACUUCAAUGCCAUCAUCGUCAACGACAAUGCCGACAUCUACUACUUCAAUGCCUACAUCUACUACUUCAAUGCCUACAUCUACUACUUCAAUGCCAUCAUCGUCAACGACAAUGCCUACAUCUACUACUUCAAUGCCAUCAUCGUCAACGACAAUGUCAUCAUCCUCAACGACAAUGCCUACAUCUACUACUUCAAUGCCUACAUCUACUACUUCAAUGCCAUCAUCGUCAACGACAAUGCCGACAUCUACUACUUCAAUGCCUACAUCUACUACUUCAAUGCCAUCAUCGUCAACGACAAUGCCGACAUCUACUACUUCAAUGCCGACAUCUACUACUUCAAUGCCAUCAUCGUCAACGACAAUGCCUACAUCUACUACUUCAAUGCCAUCAUCGUCAACUACAAUGCCUACAUCUACUACUUCAAUGCCAUCAUCGUCAACGACAAUGCCUACAUCUACUACUUCAAUGCCAUCAUCGUCAACGACAAUGCCGACAUCUACUACUUCAAUGCCUACAUCAUCAACUACAAUGCCGACAUCAUCAACUACAAUGUCAUCAUCGUCAACGACAAUGCCUACAUCUACUACCUCAAUGCCGACAUCUACUACUUCAAUGCCAUCAUCGUCAACGACAAUGCCAUCAUCGUCAACUACAAUGCCCUACAUCUACUACCUCAAUGCCGACAUCUACUACUUCAAUGCCAUCAUCGUCAACGACAAUGCCAUCAUCGUCAACUACAAUGCCCUCAUCGUCAACGACAAUGCCUACAUCUACUACUUCAAUGCCAUCAUCGUCAACGACAAUGUCAUCAUCGUCAACGACAAUGCCUACAUCUACCACUUCAAUGCCAUCAUCGUCAACGACAAUGCCGACAUCUACUACUUCAAUGUCAUCAUCGUCAACGACAAUGCCUACAUCUACUACUUCAAUGCCAUCAUCGUCCUAACUACAAUGCCGACAUCUAACUACUUCAAUGCCUACAUCUACUACUUCAAUGCCAUCAUCGUCAACUACAAUGCCGACAGUCUACUACUUCAAUGCCACAUCUACUACUUCAAUGCCAUCAUCGUCAACGACAAUGCCUACAUCUACUACUUCAAAGCCAUCAUCGUCAACGACAAUGCCAUCAUCUACUACUUCAAUGCCAUCAUCGUCAACGACAAUGCCUACAUCUACUACUUCAAUGCCAUACAUCGUCAACGACAAUGCCUCAUCUACUACUUCAAUGCCAUCAUCGCACGACAAUGCUAUCUCACAUCCUUAUCUACUUCAAUGCCAUCAUCGUCAACGACAAUGCCUACAUCUACUACUUCAAUGCCAUCAUCGUCUACGACAAUGCCAUCAUCUACUACUUCAAUGCCAUCAUCGUCUACGACAAUGCCAUCAUCGUCAACGACAAUGCCAUCAUCUACUACUUCAAUGCCAUCAUCGUCAACGACAAUGCCUACAUCUACUACUUCAAUGCCAUCAUCUACUACAAUGCCAUCAUCUACUACUUCAAUGCCAUCAUCAUCUACUACAAUGUCAUCAUCGUCAACGACAAUGCCUAUAUCUACUACUUCAAUGCCAUCAUCGUCAACGACAAUGCCAUCAUCGUCAACGACAAUGCCUACAUCUACUACUUCAAUGCCAUCGUCAACAUGCCGACAUCACACGACAAUGCCAUCAUCGUCAACGACAAUGCCUACAUCUAACUCAAUGCCACAUCUACACAAUGACUCAUCAAGUCGUCAACGACAAUGCCUACAUCUACUACUUCAAUGCCAUCAUCGUCAACGACAAUGCCACAUCUACUACUUCAAUGCCAUCAUCGUCAACGACAAUGCUCACUUCAAUGUCAAUCGAAAACAAUGCCUACAUCUACUACUUCAAUGCCAUCAUCGUCACACAAUUAUCUUGUCAACGACAAUGCCUACAUCAUCACAACUUCAAUGCCAUCAUCGUCAAGCAAUGCCGACCAUCUAA